CCUGAACACAUCCAGGUCCGCCACACUUUGCUUAAGCUCAGCUCAGAGCUUCUCCAGAGCCAUGUCCGUAGCAGCCACGAACGCCGCGCCGGAUGUCAUCGACCUCACAGGCUCGCCCGAGCCCAUCGUCAUCUCGGACGACGAAGACGCACUAGCAGGCACAGUGACGGGCAGCGCGGCGAACGGCGCGCCGACGACGAAGAAGAAACGCAAGAAGCGGAAGAAGAAGAGCGGCGUUGCCGUCGGUACUGCUAGCGCGAGCGCAUCGGGGGCUGCGACGCCCAUCGCGAACACCGGGGAUGCGGCGGGCGAUGCGUUGGAGGCGCAGGCGCAGGCGCGUAUCGUCUCGCGGGUGUCUGGUUCUUCUUCGCCUGGCCUGCGUGCUGCAGCGGGCUCGAGCUCGCACGCGCGGAGACGGUCGGUGUCGCCGUCUCUGGCACGGCAGGCCGCACCGGAGAAAGAGGAGGCGGAGGCGGCGGUGGAAGAAGAGGGCGAGAUGCCCUUGUUCUUCGUCGACGUCGCACCCACGUCUGUGCCCACGCCGGAGGCGUUUGUCGACGAGCAGCAGCAGCAGCCACCACCACCAGCGCCGAAGACCAGGGACGUGGACGGUCUGCUGCUCCCGCAUCAUGUCGGGUUGGGGAACGCUGAUGAGGACGGUAUUGCCGCGAACCUCGCUACGCCGCCGCCGGACUCGGAUGGGGAGGAUUACAUCGAGUAUUUGCAGUAUGACGAUACUGUGCGGAACACAACCAUUCGGUACUUUGAAGCGCAAAAGGAGGAGAACAAGGCUAUCAAAAUUGUCUGCAAAAAGUGCGGCGCGGAGGGCGAGCACAAGACUUUUGAGUGUCCGGUGCUCAUAUGUCUGACAUGUGGUGCUCGAGACGAGCACUCUACACGAAGUUGUCCCAUCAGCAAAACAUGCUACACAUGUGGUAUGAAGGGUCACAUCAAUAAGACAUGUCCAAACCGACACUCGCGCGCUCGGCCAAGUCGCGAAGCCUACUAUGACGACUGUGACCGGUGCGGCUCGCAAGAACACAGAUACAAUGAAUGCCCUACGCUGUGGCGAAUAUACACCUACGUCACCGACGAGGACAAGACGAUCAUUCUCAAUGAACGUGCGGCAAAGCGCGACCUCAAGUUAGGAGAAGGUGGCGAGGGCUACAUCUCUGACGAAGAGUGGUGCUACAACUGUGGCGGGGCUGGCCACUGGGGGGACGACUGCGAAGACAUACCUUUCGCACCAGACCUUCCCCGCGAGCCUUCGGCGUUCAGUGCAUACAACAUCUUGUCCGGUCCUUUUUACGAUCCCUCCGCCGAGUCUUCCUCGCGAUCGAAGCCACGUCGUGCUCGAGAACCCAGCGAGGAGCCCGAAAUGUUCAUACCGGGGCGAAACGCACGGCAGAAGGAGAUAGAGAGGAUGGUCAAGCGAGCGCGGGCGGCGGCGGCGGACGAAGACGAGGACGAUCCGGAUGACUGGUUCGCGAACGCGCGCAAUGUGCGGAGCCGCGGGAUGGAGUCGCGCCUCGGAGCGCGUAUAGACCGCCCGCUGUCGUCGGCGGGGACGCGCAUCCGAUUCGGCGGCAAGGGCGGCGGUGUGGGCGUAAAGGACAGGGACAGGGACAGGGACAAGGGGAAGCAGUUUAGGCAGCCGUCGCCGCCGCCUCUGCUUGAGCGGCUGGGGGACAGGCGGCAUGACGGGGAAAGUCGGAAACGGCGCAGGUCUCCGGAGCGGAGAGUUGGAGGUGACUCGUUGAGUAUUAGAGGUGCUGCUGACAGGGAGGAGCCACGGAGGAGAGAUAGGGGCCGGGAUUGGCGGGACAGAGACAGAGACAGAGAAAGAGAAAGAGAUAGAGAGAGGGAUCGUGACAGAAACAGUGACGGGCGCAGAGAGAGGGACAGAGACAGAGACAGAGACCGCGACAGAGACAAGACAAGACACAGGGAUAGAAACCGGGGAAGGAAGGAAGACUUUGGACCAAGAUACAAGGGAGGCUACAUUCAAUAAGAUUUUGUUUACGGAUCCUUCAUAAUUGCAUGAACU